AAUGUAUCUUUUUUCAUGACCAAAAUUCAAAAGGGGCCAUUCGAAGUGGCUCCCACAAAAGCAGCUGCAGAGCCCCAGACAUUCAGAAGCCAACAGUGAAGGGGUCAAAAGCCGUCCUUCAAUGUUCACUGACACUUUGCGAGCCUUGGGGCAAGUUGGCAAUGCCAAAACGUGUUUUUAGGGCAUAUUGGCCAAUGUACAGGUCUUGGGCAGGAUUGCAGGCCUCUGCAGAUGGUACCAAAGUAAAAGAGGAGAUGCUAACUGAAUAAUCUGUCAUCAUCCCUUAAGUGCAAAGUGAAAUGAGAGUGGAUUUUUCCUUCCAAAUCCACUUGGAGUGAGUCCCAAAAGACUCACUUUUGCGGCAAUCCCCACAAUGACGUCAUUGGAGAGGAGGUUAUAUAAUUUAAAGCGACCACAUUUCCACAGAGCUUCCCAGAAGAGAAAACACCUCCAAAGGCAGCUCUCACUAUCAGAAAACCCAGCUAAAGUUGUGAACGCCUUCAUUUUCUGCCUGAGUCACUGUGCAUGGCAUCCUGGCCCCCUCUAGAGCUCCAGUCCUCCAACCAGAGCCAGCUGUUCCCUCAAAAUGCUACAGCCUGUGACAAUGCUCCGGAAGCCUGGGACCUGCUGCACAGAGUGCUGCCGACAUUUAUCAUCUCCAUCUGUUCCUUCGGCCUCCUAGGGAACCUUUUCGUCCUGUUGGUCUUCCUCCUGCCCAGGCGGCGACUGAACGUGGCAGAAAUCUACCUGGCCAACCUGGCGGCCUCUGAUCUGGUGUUUGUCUUGGGCUUGCCUUUCUGGGCAGAGAACAUUUGGAACCAGUUUAACUGGCCUUUCGGAGCCCUCCUCUGCCGUGUCACCAACGGCGUCAUCAAGGCCAAUUUGUUCAUCAGCAUCUUCCUGGUGGUGGCCAUCAGCCAGGACCGCUACUGCAUGCUAGUGCACCCUAUGGCCAGCCGGAGGCGGCAGCGGCGGAGGCAGGCCCGGGUCACCUGCGUGCUCAUCUGGGUUGUGGGGGGCCUCUUGAGCAUCCCCACAUUCCUGCUGCGAUCCAUCCAAGCCGUCCCAGAUCUGAACAUCACCGCCUGCAUCCUGCUCCUCCCGCAUGAGGCCUGGCACUUUGCGAGGAUUGUGGAGUUAAAUAUUCUGGCUUUCCUCCUACCACUGGCUGCGAUCGUCUUCUUCAACUACCACAUCUUGGCCUCCCUGCGAGGGCGGGAGGAGGUCAGCAGGACAAGGUGCGGGGGCCGCAAGGAUAGCAAGACCACAGCGCUGAUCGUCACGCUCGUGGUGGCCUUCCUGGUCUGCUGGGCCCCUUACCACUUCUUUGCCUUCCUGGAAUUCUUAUUCCAGGUGCAAGCAGUCCGAGGCUGCUUUUGGGAGGACUUCAUUGACCUGGGCCUGCAAUUGGCCAACUUCUUGGCCUUCACCAACAGCUCCCUGAACCCAGUCAUUUAUGUCUUUGCGGGCCGGCUCUUCAGGACCAAGGUCUGGGAACUUUAUAAACAAUGCACCCCUAAAAGUCUUGUCCCAAUAUCUUCAUCCCACAGGAAAGAAAUCUUCCAACUUUUCUGGCGGAAUUAAAACAGCAUUGAACCAAGAA